AUGAAAGAGGAGGAUUACCUUGGAGUUUCGCGUGACAAGGACAAAAACUUCAAACAUAGUACUCCUCGCCCAGCGAGGAAACUGGGAAUGGCAUGUGUUUCAAAAAUAGAGGUUUGUGAUGAGAAAAACAAGCAUUGCCUGGGUAUAAAGGUGUUUAAGCAGAUAUUUAAAGAGAAAAAUCUUAGUUUGUUUUCACCAAAGAAAGAUAGAUGUGACAUUUGCAUAGAGCAGGAAAAUGGUAAUAUUGAUAGUAGUAUUUGGAGUAAACAUAUUGAAGACAAAGAAAAGGCUAGAAAAGAAAAAACCGAGAUAAGGAGAAAGCUGUGAAAGGCGAGUGCAGUGUAAUUUGCAUGGAUCUGCAAGCUGUAAAAGUUGCUCCGUUGGUGAAUGCAACAAAGAUUUAUUUUGAAACAAAGCUAAGCUGCCACAAUUUCACCAUAUAUAAUAUUGUAAGUCACCAAGCCACGUGCUAUUGGUUUACCGAGGUCGACUCUGGACUGCA